AUGACCAUCUCCAACUCACACAAGCCUAAGACAGUUGACGUCGUGGUCGUCGGUGCAGGCCUCUCUGGUCUUCGCGCGGCAGUCGACAUUCAUGAAGCCGCCAUUCAGUUGUCGUUCUUGAAGCCGGUGAUCGGCGAGAUUUACAAGCUUGCUCAAGAAUUCGGAUUUGACUUGAUCAAGCAGAGGGCCACCGGGUUGAAUCUGCACCAGCAGGUGGACGGCAAAGUUGUCAAGUUGAAACAUGGGAGCGGAAUGCCACUUCCUUCGGGCGCAGACGAACUGGUCCAGGAAGUCCUUAAGCAAUUGAGCAAAUGGGCAGAUGAGAUCGACUUGGAGAAUCCCUCUAAGCAUCCCGAGGCCAAGAUGCUUGACUCCAUGACAUUUGGUGAGCUGUGCGUCAAGUAUUUGGGACCUGAACUUGGUCCCCCAGUUGGCGAUUCAGCUACCAGUCCUCUUUUAGGCGUGGGACCAGACGAAGUCAGUGCCUUGUUCAUGGUUGACUAUAUUCGCAGCGGAACUGGCAUAGAGAACCUUGCCUCCGAUGGAAAGGAUGGAGGGCAGUAUCUGCGCAACAGGCAAGGCAAUCAGACUUUCUCAAUCCGGUUGGCAGCCAAGCUUCCGGAGACAGCCGUGAAACUUCGCAGUCCUGUGAAGACAAUCAAGCAAGGCUCGGACGGGAUCUUUAUCGAAACAGCCAAUCCAGGACAAACCUUCAUAGCCAAGAGAGUUGUUGUUUCAGUACCUACUUGUCUCUAUCCUUCCAUUGCGUUCGAGCCGCCUCUGCCAGACAGCAAACAGACGCUGGGUGAGAGCACUGCCCUGGGCUGCUAUUCCAAGGCCAUUUUUGUCUUUGAGAAGCCGUGGUGGCGCGAAGCUGGCUUCAGUGGUAUCAUAGAGUGCGAGACAGGGCCAAUUUAUUUUUCGAGGGAUACAUGCUCGGUAGAGGACGGACAAUACAGCAUUACUUGCUUCGUCGUCGGCGAUAGAGGCAGAGAAUGGUCCAAGUGGUCACUCACAGAGCGACGGAGGAUCGUGUCAGAGCAGUUCAAAGGAGUGUUUAGUGCCGUGGGCGUCAAAUCUCCCGAACCAGUCAACAUCAUCAUCCAGGAAUGGAUAAAGCAGCCCUGGAUAUGGGGUGCGCCAUCACCAGUGAUGAUGCCAGGGACGAUGACGAAUGACAGCGGGAAAGCACUGCGAGAGGCGGUAGGGAAUAUUCAUUUCGUGGGAACUGAAACUUCCUUGCUGUGGAAGGGUUACAUGGAGGGUGCGGUGCGUUCUGGAAAAAGAGGCGCUGAUGAGAUUAUCAAGGUUUUUAAGGUUGAAAGCCAGUCCCGUGGGCGUUGA